AUGAAGAAACAUAAAUCCUACAUCAAUUACGAAGACAUUAUUGAUAAACCUACUCCAUUGAUCAAUAUGUAAUAAUCAUUUAAUCUUAACGUGAAUGUCAAAUAACUCAAAUAAUAAUAAUCAUCUCCACAUAUCCCUCUCAUUAAUCCUAAGAAACCUUAUCUUCAAUCCAGAACCAAUAAUCGAAAUAGUCUCCCAGUCAUACGCUCUGCUAUGCAAUCACAAAUUAUGGACAGAGAUACCCAAUUUAAUCAAAAGGAGCAUGAAAAAUUAAAAACUGAUUAUGAAAACCUUAAAAUUGAGUAUUCUAAGUAAGAAUCGCUUGUCUAGCAAUUGAUGAAUGAGAAUGGCCUAUUGAAGAGUCUCAAUGCUGACCUUAAAAAUUAGGUUGAUGAUCUUAAAAUCAAUAUCAAAAGGUAUCAAUAGAAUGAUGAAGCUGCUUACUAAUAAUAUCUCUCAAAUUAAUAAGAGUUAAUUAUAAAAGAAUUAAAAUCGAAGAUUAAUUAAUUGUCUGAGAAAUUGAUUCUUAAAGAAAAACAAGAGAGCCAACCAGCCAAUUAUCUUCUUUACGUGAAUGAGAUUCAAAGUUUGUGUCUGGAUCUAAAGAGGCACUUGGAAUGCAAGUACUGCGGAAAGGAAUUGAAAGAUCCAGUAACACUAAUUCCAUGUGCUCAUUCGUAUUGCAAAGGAUGUAGAAAGGGUUAUUCCAAUGAUUGUUUUUUGUGUGGUAAAGAACUAAAAUUAGAGGCGGUGUAUCUAAAUUAAUUUAUGAUUGACAUGAUGGCAUUAUAUAAACGAAAUAUUGGACUCAUUGAAUAGUUGAAAAAUAAUUUAUGA